AUGGCCCCUCCUGCUGAUCAAAGCAAUGACCAGGUGGACUACAGAGCUCCACCUUCAACCAUUGGAUACGGAAUAGACAGUAAAACUACUUUACCCCCUUUGGGAUCAACAAUGAAGCAAGAACAAUCAGAGCUGUACCCCCAAACGCAACCACAACAGCAACAACAAGCCUACGAUUAUAGCGCACAGCCGUCCAUUUAUUCAGCCUACCAACAAUCAAACUAUGACCCCUAUCAGAGACAAAAUAUUUUGCAACCACAAAAUACCUUUACAGGAAUGACUCAAUACACUCAACCAACAUAUACAACAGCUAAUACAUCAACUGGCAUACGGUACCUGUACCCCAACAGUGUUUCAGGAGUAGCAGUACCUACCACAAAGUCGGAUACCCAACCACCUAUACCACAAGAGAAAAAGAGUAGGCGUUUUAGAAGACGGUACAAUCAAAUUGUUAGAAAGUACCCCUGCUCGUACCCUGGGUGUCUGAAGAGCUAUGGUUCAUUAAAUCAUUUAAACACACACAUUGUCACAAAGAAGCACGGGCCUCGUAAAUCAAAACUUGAUUUUCAAAAUGGGAGCCAGAGCAAGGAGGAUAAACAGGAAGCAAAUUACACGCAACCGGAACAUUUGCAACCACAAUCACUGCUGCAGGUGCUGCAACCAAGCCAGUACCAGCUUCCACAGCAAUCGCAAAUACCAGUUCCUCCACAACAAUAUGUGACACAGCCUAAUGACUAUUCUGGCUACUAUUAUGGCUACACGGCACCACCAAACUUACGACCCAGUGUUUCAACGGACUCCACCCAAAUUCCUGCCCCCAACGCGGGAUUAUAUUAUCUGGGAUUUCAAGGUGCCACGCCAUUGACCACGCAACAAGCACAACAAGCACAACAAGCACUGCAGGUACAGCCACAGCGUUCAGGCGGAGGAUCAACUUCCACUUCACAGUAUUAUCAGACUGUACCGCAACAAAACUUGUACCAAUCUCAAUUCCAACAACAACAGACCCUAGGGGCUGCCUUGCGUAAAGAUCUUUCAGGACAGGUUGCUACAGGGAGAAUGACCGAUACGAAUGUUUCAGCAGCAAAUCUAAACCAAGAUGAACCGACGAUGGAAAAGGGGGAUAACCUGAACCUUGGAACUGAAAAUGAAAGUGUAGAGGAAGGGACAACCGACCUGAGUCACAAUAACGAAUCAACCCAAUCAAAAGAACCAACUACAAAACCACCAAAAAAGAGAUUGACUCUUCAAGAAAGACUAGCACAGGCUGCAAAGGGUAAAAAGAAGUCAGGAACCAAGUCUUUGGCCAAUGGCGAGCAAAACCAGGCGCAAGGGGAAACACCCUCUCCACAAAUAUCACCACAAGUAACGGGAAACCACGAAACCCACGGUAAUGAGAUGAACUAUAAAGCAGAGAUUGAAAAACUAAAGCUAGAGAAUGCUAGUUUGAAGCUGAAAAAGCCCGACUCUUUUGAAAAAGAACGUAAUGAAUUGUUGGACAAGCUCAAGACUAAAGACGAAACUAUUGUCCAAUUGUUGAAAGAAGGAGAGGCAUUAUCACACAAGGAACUUAAAUUGAAUGAUAGUAUAAAGAAGCUAAAAUUAGCUAACCAGACCUUGGAGGAGGAUAUGGCUGAAUAUGCGAAGAAACAUGACACCGCAUUGGUGUCCUCACAAGAGCUACAAGAAUUUCUCAAGUCAAAUAAACUCAAGACCGUGGAUCAGCUUCUUGCCAAGUUUGUGACAAUAAAUCAGGAUUUGAACACAUCCAGAAGUGAGGUUGACAAAUUGAGGCAAUCGGAAAUCAAGUACCAUGAGUUAUCAAAGCAGCAUGAGGAGGUAACUGCAACUAGAAAAGAAUUGACCAAAGAGGUCAAUGCUCUAAAAGUUGAGCAUGAUAUGGCCAUGAAGCAAUACGGCCUAGACCUUGAGUCAAAGCAGGAGACUAUAAAUUCCCAAAAGGAAGAGCUAUCGAAAGCAAGGCAAAGUUAUUCUGAGGAAAUUACGAGGUUGGAAGAAAAGAUUGAAUCACUAAGGUUUGACCAUGAGGUGCCAACAGUACCCCACAGUGAUGACAAAAUUGACUUUGAUGAUUUCAAGAAGUUGUCUGAUUCGCAUCAUGUUUUGCAAAAACAGUAUUUAUCAUCACAGGAAAAUUGGAAAUUGAUUGAAUCCAAUCUUUCGCUAAAGGUUGAUACGUUGACAUCAGCAUUGGAUGCGGCAAAGAGGGCAAAAACUAAAUUGAGCAAUGAUUUGAUUAAAGCCAAUGGUGCUUUACAACUGCAAUCCAAUGAGAUUAGAAGUUUGCAGGAUGAGAAGGAAGAGCUACAAGAACAAAUUAAUAAGUUGCAAUUAUCAAUCAAGCUCAAAGAUGAUGACAUAAAGGUCGUUAAUGAAAAGCUCGAGCGAUUACAAGCAGUAUUCACCCAGGAGCGGUCUAACCUCAACAUCAAAAUCACCAGUUUGAAUGAAACGAUUGAAUCAUUAAAGGAGGAACAAAGGCAGCAAGGAUAUCAGCAACCGAAGUUGACUCGAGAUAGCUCUCUAAGCUCCGAUUUAAGCUGGAACGAGAUACGACUUGGCGAAUCUUCAAAUACUCCUGCGUUAAAUAAAGAGUUUGGUAUGUUUCUGAAUCGUUCUCUGGCAUCCUUUACCGAAAUUGGGGAAGGGGAACUGUUGGAACGUGAAUCGUAUUUGACACCAGGUUUUGGUGUUUCUAUCAGCGGCCUAAAUGGAAGCACCGGUGGAUUAGGUGUUCCCUCUACCAUAACCAAUGGAAACAAUUUACAAUUAAUCCACAAAAUGAGUUCAAACAUUAGACGUUUAGAAAUUGAGUUGAAUACCCUCAAGGAUGAAUACGAGAAGCUAUUAGAUGUCAAGGAAUCAAGGGAGCAGGAGUUACUUGAGUCGAUAAAGGUGAAUGAACAAGUGCAAGAGUUGAAGACCAAAAUUGAGGACCUUCAGCUGGCAAUCGAAGAAAAAGACGUGAAAGAGCAAACGAUGUUGGAGUUGAUUGGAGAGAAAUCGGAGCAAGUGGAGGAGUUGAAAGCAGACGUGUCCGACUUGAAGGACUUAUGUCGAAAUCAAGUGCAACAGAUGGUAGAAAUGCAGGGUUUCAUCUACAACAACCUAAUAGCUAAACUCAUCCCCCGUAGUGGAAAGGAUGAAUUCCAAUUUUAUAUGGUUGAUGUAUCGGGGAAGUUGUCACCUAGUGGAUCUGUCUUUUUAGAUGAGUCAGUCAUUGAUUUUACUUUGGGGAAGACUUCAAGCUCCGCAAAGAAGAGGGAGCUUAACGGGUCAGCAAAGUCACUUAAGAAUAUAGAUGACUCAGUUAUUGCUGUUUUAUCUUCCGGUGAUAUUGUGACGAUUUCGGUACAUUCGAGGACAGUUAUGAAACACGACGUGAAGAUGAAGUUGACACAAAUUAUUGCAUUAGAAGAUAAUACGAUAUGGGGCUUGUCUAAGGGUAACCUCUACAAGGUUGCAUUGGAUGGAAAAUACAACAAAGUGAAAGUGCCUGACUUUAAAACUGUUGUGGUGAAGAAUGGAGUUGUGUACAUCGGCACAUCUGUGGGACUUUUAGUUGGCAAGAUAAGUAAAAACGCAUUUGUUAAGGAGAAAGAAAUAGAGACUGAUUUUGAAGUCGUAUCGAUAGAAGUGCUGGGUUCAACCAUAGUAGCAUCAUCGUCAUCCCGAGCAGUAUUGAUAGAUUCCAAUUUGGACAAGAAAGAAUUGGCUGUAGGACAUGAUUUAAAAGUACAGGUUGCCGAAGAAAUUUACAUCAUCAGUGGUGACUCAUUGAAGAUAUUCACAAGCACAGGAAAUUACAUAAAAAGUAUAGAGACACCGCAUCCUGUUGAUUACGUUUUCACCAUAGAAGGAACUAGCAAUGUCAGCUGGCACAAUGGUACCGACAUUCACGUGCAAAAUUUUUCUCACGAGACUAAUACAAUAUCCUUUCAAAACGGAAUAUCAGCCAACCCAAAAAGUAGUACUUUGAUUGAUAUAGGUUAUCCAGUUGAUGAAUUAGAUGUGAAGACCGUGGAAACUCAACUACAUGAAAAUCUAAGUCAGAGCAAGACAGACAAGGAAGAGGUCACUGGCAUUUGCUCGUCACUACACAACGACCAAGACGUGAAGCAAAUUGUCACAAACUUGCCCCAUGAGUAUGUCGAACGAUUAUUUCAAGUCAUUGAUACCAACAAUCCAAUCUGGCUUAAGUGGAUACUAUUGAUACACGGAAACCUGAUUGCCAACUCUUCCAUAUCGGUUAAGGGCCUCCAACAGAGUCUUCGAUCGAACGUUGAAACUAUGCCUCACUUUCGCAGAUAA